AAAUGCAUCGUGAUUCCUGUCCUUUAGACUGCAAGGUUUAUGUAGGCAAUCUUGGAAACAAUGGCAACAAGACUGAAUUGGAACGUGCUUUUGGAUAUUAUGGCCCCCUCCGAAGUGUGUGGGUUGCUAGAAACCCUCCCGGCUUUGCUUUUGUUGAAUUUGAAGAUCCUCGGGAUGCAGCUGAUGCUGUUCGAGAGCUAGAUGGAAGAACAUUGUGUGGCUGCCGUGUAAGAGUGGAAUUGUCAAAUGGUGAAAAAAGAAGCCGGAAUCGUGGUCCACCUCCCUCUUGGGGACGUCGCCCUCGGGAUGAUUAUCGUAGAAGAAGUCCUCCACCUCGUCGCAGAUCUCCAAGGAGGAGAAGCUUCUCUCGCAGCCGGAGCAGGUCCCUUUCUAGAGACAGGAGAAGAGAGAGAUCACUGUCUCGGGAGAGAAAUCAUAAGCCAUCCCGAUCCUUCUCUAGGUCUCGUAGCCGAUCUAGGUCAAAUGAAAGGAAAUAGAAGAUUGUUUGCAAGAAGAGUAGUGGUGUACAGGA